CCUCCCUUCCCCUCUCUCUCUCUAGCGGGCGCCGAGCGCACAGCCGCCGCCGCCACGCGCCGCCGCAGAUAAUGCGUUCCCCCUGACAUGUGCCGUCGGCUGGGGGCGACCCGCCUGAUAUACCGCGCCCGCAUUUCCAACUACGUCAAGGCCGGCCUCGUCGACCGCGCCCUCCAGGUGUUCGACGAAAUGUCCCGCUCCGACUGCCGCGUCUUCUCCGCCGACUACAACCGCCUCGUCGGCGCCCUCGUCCGCCGCACCCGCUUCGACCUCGCCGACCGCUGCUACCGCCAGAUGGCCCUCCGCGGCUUCUCCCUCACCUCCUUCACCUACUCCCGCCUCGUCUCCGGUCUCUGCCGGGCCCGCAACCUCGCCCUCGUCGACCGGCUCCUCCCCGACAUGGACAAGCUCGGGUGCGUGCUCGACAUCUGGGCCAGCAACAUCUAUCUGAAUCUCCUGUGCGACGAGGAUCGCGUGGAGCUGGCCGUGGAAGUGCUGGACAGGAUGGUGGAGCUGGGCAGGGAGCCUGAUGUCGUGACUUAUACUAUUCUCAUUGAUGGGUUGUGUAAAGCCGGGAGGUUCGAUGCUGCGGUCGAAAUGUGGCAUCGUAUGAUUGGUCGGGGAUUCGUCCCGGAUAAGAUCGCGUGCACAGCGCUCGUCGUUGGGCUCUGUGUUGGUGGGAAGGUUGAGUUGGCUUAUGAUCUUAUAAUUGGUGUAAUGAAGGGCGGUCGAACUGAGUUUACUUGUUUGAUUUAUAACGCGCUAAUAAGUGGGUUUUGUAAAGCCGGUAAGAUUGAUAAGGCGCUGGCGAUUAAAUCCUUUAUGGGGAGGAAUGGAUGCAAACCCGAUUUGGUUACGUAUAACAUCUUGUUGAAUUAUUGUUGCGACAAGCUUAUGUUGGAGGAGGGAGAGAAGUUGAUGAAGAGGAUGGAGAGGGAUGGAUUGCGACGUGAUAUUUAUAGUUAUAAUCAAUUUUUGAAGGGCCUUUGUAAAGCAAAGCAGCCCGAUCGUGCUUACAGGCUGAUGGUGCAUGAGAUGCAAGUAAAAGGGUUAUGUGAUGUUGUGUCAUAUAAUACACUAAUGGCAGCAUUCUCUGAGGAUCGUCGGACUCGAAGGGCUUACAAGCUAUUCGAAGAAAUGUGUGGGAAGGGAAUUGCACCAGAUGUUGUUACAUUCACGAUUCUUAUCAAUGCUUUCCUUAGAGAUGGCAGUUCUGAUAUUGCAAAAGAACUUCUCGACAAGAUGUCAGGGAUGAAUAUAUUUCCUGAUCGAAUUUUGUAUACUACUAUUAUUGAUCACUUCUGUAAGUCCGGUAAAGUUACCAUAGCUCAGAACAUAUUCAAUGACAUGGUGGAGAAAGGAAUUUGGCCAGAUGUGGUUUUGUACAAUGCUAUUAUCAAUGGACUUUGCAAGUCUACUAGAGUAAACGAAGCAAUGCAUGUGUAUGAGCAAAUGCAAGCUAGGGGAUGCCAUGCUGAUGAAGUAACUUAUAAGUUGAUUAUUAGUGGACUCAUUCGUGAAAAGAAGCUCUCCAUUGCUUGUAAAGUAUGGGAUGAAAUGAUGGAGAAAGGAUUUACACUUGACAGCUCUAUUUCUGAAACGCUCAUCAGUGCAAUCCAUUCAGUAGAUUCUGCAGGAUAAAAGGUUCAUGAUAGUUUAAAAGCUGCUGCAUUUCCUUUUUACUUUCUUCGAAGCCUGGGCGAGGACAUGAAUUUGGCUAGAUUUUGGUUUCCAGCCUUUUUUGUAACGAUGAUGUCGUUACAACAUGAGAUAGCCCCCAGUAGAUGGAACUCUUGCUACAUAUAUGGUGAACAGCUUUACUCAUGAGUUGUCUGCACCACUGACAUAAGUGGCUGUUGUUCAUAAUAAAGUGGAUUCGUGGUGGUGCAAAGUGAGCAGAUGAUGCCACUCUUAAGUGGCAAAAUCCAUCCCAAGAAAGUCUGGGGAGCAAUAUUGAUUUGUCAGAUGAUCUACCUGAAGCAUUUCUUUUGCUUACUUCCAGAGUAUAUGCUUUACAGCUGUGGCUUGAAAAAUUGGAUGCUGGCUUGUUUCAGGAAGAAUUUCUUUGUUGUUCCUCCUUCAGAGACAAUCUUGAGUUACUCUUGGAGGGGGAGUGGUCUGGACCAGACUUUUCAGUUGUUAAUUAUAACAGAAAAGGACGCUACACGAACAAUUGGGGAAUUACCUUGCUAUUUCUCUGAAGCAGAUUAGAUGUUGAGUCCUUUCUGUUAUCCUAUUGGCAUAAUGUGCCUAAAGGAGUCUAGUAACUCCAUGAGGCUGCCUUAGCUCUUUAGAGCAUCUAGACUGGUUGUAAUCGUUUGUAGGAUACGGACCUGAAGCUUUCAGAUGAAAUAAUUGGAAGACAAUUUGAAGCUGAUGAAAAGAAGUGGAUGACUGACAUGAAGCAAGCAGACCAUUGAAGUUUCUGAGGACUUUCCCCUUACAUGUUUAGGGAAUGAAGAAAGAGGGAAGAAGGAGAUGACUUAUGUGCUUCUGGACAUAUAUCGACAAGAGAAAUUUUUUUGAUUGACGUGCAAAGGUCUUAUGAGAUAGAUAGAUUGCAUCAUUUCUAAACCUUUCCCAGUUCAUUAGAUCCCCGAAGGAAGCCAGGGCACUUUUGAUGGCUGGGCCAAGUGGAGCUCACAACUGAUGUUGCAAGGAAAGUCACAAAAAUCCUGAAUAUGCUGAUGGCUGCUGGUUUCAUAGGAAUUGAAAGGCCGAGCUGAAGUUGCUUGAAGCUGAUGACGCAUAGAGUUGGAGAAAGAGACUCAGGAUGCCCUCCUCAAGGGUAUCUGAUGAACAGGUAACGGUGCGGACAUCAUGCACUCUCUCUUGCAUUAGCCCAAAAAAAUAAAAAUAAAAGUAAAGAACAGAGCAUCAAAUCCUUUGUACGAACCUGAAGGAGUUGAUUCUUUUUGCUCGGCACCUGUCGGGAUUUAGAAUAGUUAUUCCGAGGUAAGGAGAGCAAUUUCUGGUGAUCUUGCUAACUUUUUAUUGCUGCCAAGGUCACAUGGGACGCUCGAAGGUUUUUUAUCACUGUUCUACACUUAGAUCGCGCAGUAUACUGCCGGUCCCUUAUAGUAUUUUCUUGCUCUUCCUAAACCUUUUCCUUUCUGCUGGCUGCUAUUGAUUUAAGUCUGCAGAACAAAAAUUGGGUAAACAAUACGUACUAGCCAUGUCUUCGUGCUUAGCAUACAUGUAAAGAAACGCUGGUGUUUAUGAGAUGCUAGAAAUCCUUUGAUGAUUUGAAA